CGUCCCGACCACCCCCUCGUCCUCUGCAUCCACCACCUCACUCCUCUCCUCACAAGCUGAGGAAAGCAGCGGCGUCGUGGACAGAGCAGAAGAAGGUUGGGAGGUGGUAAGGAGAGGCCGUCGCAGCUGUGGAGGCAGCACAGCGUCUCUUAAUCUGCAUAGCAAUGCUACGUCCCUGGCUGCUAUCCCUGUUCAAUCAUCGGUCUAUCGCAGCGCUGGAUGCUCGUCUACUGCGACCAUUCAUCAAAAAACUGAUGGCGCUCCAGGGAGCUGGUAUCGUGAGCGCUAUAGUGCCCCGAGUUCUGCUACAUCCUUGCCCUCCUUGGCCUCGCUGGGCGACCAAACCAAGAAUGUGCCUUCAAAGCCGGAGGGAACCAAGCAAACUUCCCCAGAGAGCUCCGGUUCCGCUAUUUGUGAUGAAGAAGGAAGAGUCAUGCCUCUGAGUGGGGUGAAAAUUCCGACGAGCUGUGAAAUGGAAGGCUCUCGAGAUGAUGUUGUGAAGAAACGGUUAGUGAAAGAAAAUUCGGAUGAAGUGAAAAGAAAAAAUAAAGACGCUUCUGGUGAAUCGAAAGGCAAAAAUAAAGUUACUAGGGCCAAAUCGUUCACGAACAAUCGUUCGGCUGGCUGUAAAUUCUCUUCAGCUGAAGACAUAAACUGUAGGAAUGGAAAAACUCGACAAUCAAAUGCAAGAAACCGUAAUUAUUCUCAAAGAAACGGUUUCUGCAAAGAAAAUAUUUCAAGUUCGACUGAGGGUAGCAAGGUUUUAACCAGUCUUUCAUCCAAGAAAUUGGAUAUCAAAGAGGGUUCUGAUGUCAACAAAUCGAUAAAGUCAAACGAUAAGUCAUCGUUGACACCUUCUAUUUCCUCGUCAACAACUGAUGUAAGGAGAAGUAAAAGCUUCGUUUUAAAUCCUUUACAUGACGGUAAAAGUGAAGAAAAGGGUAAGAAAAAGUCCAAGUCAUCUGGUUCUUUGGAGGGACAAAAGCUUGGUACGGAACAAGCCAAGCCUAAUGACAUCAGCAGACGUAGGAAAUAUUUAACUGAAGAAACUACAACUAAUGCCGCAUUAGAGACGCGAAGCUCUGUUCGUGAUGACAGCAGUACGCUUUUGAAAGAAAUGAACAAAAAAAUUGCGCGGGAUCCUAAGGAUUUUUUCAGCCGUGGCAAGGCUUCUUCUGAUGCCUUUAUGGAAUACCAAAGCAAGUACAAGAAAUCCGGGAAAGACGGAACGAACAAACAUUCGACAGCGGCUCGAGAAAACAAAUCGCUCAAGGCUGAAAAAUACGGCAAAGACGGAACAGACCAACAGUCGAAAGUGACUAGAGAAAAUAAAUUAUUGAAGGAAGAAAAUGAAGAGAUGAAAGGAACGUGUUCAAGUUUAUCUAGCUAUCAGACUGAGGCAAAUGGUAGUAAUAGUUUAACCGAGGACACAGAAAUUAUUCAGGGCGGUGUGUCGUACAGAUACGGCGAAGUCAUGGCUCGUUUACAUGAAGAAAUCAUCGAAGCUGCCGCUGUCGGUGGUGGUUCUUCUGCUGAUGCUCCUUCAAGCUUCUAUGCUUCUCAAAGCAUGGAAUUACUUGCUGAGAAGCUGGAAGUUACCGCAACAUCAGACGCCGUUGAGGAGGACGCGGAGGACGCGGCUGCCGACGCCGACCUCAGGGACAACGCUGCGGCCAUCGAGAGCGCCGUGGCGGAGGAGCAACGACUUAAGCAGCAAAUACACGACACUGAGAACACUGACUGUACCGCUACCGUCUCCGGCGAUAACUCAUCAGAGUCGGGAUCGGAGCCAUGUUCCCUCACAACGAGCGGACAAUUAAACUAUAACGGAACUGAGCAAGGCCAAGGCGUGGCAGAUCAGUCGCGUAGAGAAGGCAACCGGCAUCGCGACGAGUCCACCGACACAGAAGAUGAUGACGAACUCGAGAUGGACAGCAAGGCCAUACUCGAGAUCUUCGCGUCUCUUGACUGGUCUGAGGAGAAUGUAGAGUCAUGUCGCGGUGUGCUGGAGAGCUCAGGGGUGCGAGAGCCUGGUCGCGUACUGCAGAUCCACGAGAAGCUGUCGUCGCCCUCACGUAAACUGCCGCUGGCUGAGAAGCUGCGGCGACACAACGAGAGACUUGCUAAGGCUGAGAUGCUGCGCCAGACCUUCAUUGAUUCCAAGACUGAGAAACUCAAGGAACUCUUCAAACGGAUAGAGGAGGUAAGCAUGGACAAGGAGCGGCUGCUGGAGGAGAAGAGGCACCUGCUGGAGCGCAAGAUGGACCGCGCUGAGGAGAAGCGGCGUCAGCACCUACAGGACAUCGUCGCCAAGGCUCACGACGAGGACAACAAGGGACGAGAGAUCGCCUUCAUUAAUGGUCUUGAAGCGCAGAAUAAACUACACGACCUCCUGCAACAACAUCAGAGUCACUCGUCACGUCUGGCGGACAUCGCGGAGGAGCGCAGCCGCCGUCAGGAGGAGAAGGCGGCCAAAGAGAUGGCCGCUCAGGAGAGGCGUAGAGCCUUGGAGGCCGAGAGACAAGCGCGUCUGCUGGAGCUGUGCGAGAAGCGCCGUGAGCGCUGUGAGCGCAUCGACAGGCAGCAGGCGGAGCGACGGGAGGAACUGCUGGAGCAGGCGAGGGAGAAGGCCAGGGACAGACAGGAGCGUCUCACUGCCUUGUUGCUGGCGCAGCAGGCGAAGGAAGACGAGCUGGUGAAGCGCAUCCUGCUGAAGCAGCAGGAGUCUGCCCGCCGUCACGAGGAGAACAUCGAACAAAUCAAGCGUCGCGCCCUCGAGUCCUCCAUCCUCAGAUGCUCCACGGGCUGUGAUGACGCUCCUAAAAUAUGCCGGUAUGAGCGGCAGAAGUUGUGCACGCUGUGCCAGUGUCUGCUGAGCUCUGAAGUGUACCUACUGAGCCACCUCAGAGGCGCCCGCCACCAGGAGGCGCUACGGGAGCUGCACGAUGGCCAGCACGUCUCCACGGAGGACACCGCCACCUGCAACCUCAAGCAUAUCAUAGACGCUCCUGAUAACAUUGAGGACCCCCAGGUCACGCGAGACAAGGAGCGGCAGAAGACACUCAAGAAACGCUGUCGCAAAAUUCGCGCUCGUAUGGCCGCUCGUGGCCAAAAUUACGACGGCCCCUUGAAGUCUUCAACGCUACCUUCGUCUGCCAACAGCAAACGAAUCAGCAAAGCUCUUUUUGCCAUCACAAAACUGCAGACAAAUCAGGGCUCUGGACCCUGGGCUGCCGCUGAAGUUGCUGCUUUGGACAAAAAUUUACUUGAGCUUCUGAGGAUUCUUGAUAAAAAAUGCACUGGAGACAAGGAAGCUUUCUGUGCUCUUGGUGGAUUUGGGAAAAUCAUUGAAUUUUUAAGUUCACUGAAAUCUGGCGAAGAUUCUUCAUUGGAUAGUAGCGAUGAGAUAGAAGCGUCCGAAGUACAAGAGAACAACAAAGAAAAUUGCCGAGAAAAAGCAAAGCAUUCUAAAGGCUCUGAUUCAACGAAUUCUAAUCGCAAAAAGAAAAAGCUCAAUUCAUCCGACCGAACCAAGUCUUCAUCUACAAAUACGAAAUCCGUCAGUAACAAAAACAAACAGCGGUCUUCUCACAAUCUUGAAGAUGACGACGACAUUGACUCCAUACUGUCCAUGAGCCUUUCCCAAGAAUUGAACUCCAUGACGCCGAACAUUUUAUCUACGAAACCAACUCCCUGUGUGGUACCUGAGAAAUCUUUGGGGCUCUGUAGCCGAGUUCUACUGCAGGCUGUAGCAGGGCAUCCUGGCAACAGUCGUCACUUGGUUUACUCUAACCAAAUCGUGGCUCUGCUGGACUGGCUCAUGCAUCGUCUGCAGAGUCUGCAACAGCGCGCUCAUGAAGCACCCGCCUCGGUAGCGGGCGGGGCCUCGGUGAUCAUGUCGCUACCUACAGACCCCGCCGUGGUACAUACGCUUGAGGUGCUGGCUGAGGUGCUCACGGUGGUGUCUGAGUCUGACCUCAACAAUAACAGCCCUGGAGAAGAUAGUUCUAAAGGCACCCCUUCAGGGGGCUCAUCUUCUGGGGGAACCUCCUCUAGGGGCACCUCGCAGCGCGCCCUUGUCAGGAGCAGCAGCGGCAGCUCCGCCGGUGAAAACCAGGCCAAGGAAACCCAAGACUUCGCGUGGUUCAGGUUACAGGACGUAGUAAGCUACUGCGUGGCGGUGGGUGUAGCAGACCGGGUGAGCUGGUAUCUGGGACACGUCCAGGGCCCGGGGGACAUCGAGGCAGACCCUGCCGUGUCCCAGCUCAUCCUGGCAGCCAUGCAGCUCCUGUCUGCCCUGGUCAGCACCCUGCUCAAGGGCCUGGGCAGUAACUACAAAGGCGACCCUACACACCUGCUCGGCACUCUGAAGGUGACGGACGCGUGUGGGGUAGUAAGCCUUCUCUACGGUCUACUGCUACACGACGGUGGUCGCUCAGCGUAUCUUUCUACCUCCUCCAACUCUAACGCCACCACCGGUACUCUCUCACCAUCCCCCAACACAAUAACUCUAACAUCUCCCUCUACUAACGUCACUCCGGUCCCAUCCAGUUUAACCACAAGUACGAGUAGUUCAUUACCAUUUACCCCUGUCACUACGCCCUCACCAGUUCAUCAAUUUAAACAACCAUCGUUCAAGUCCGACUGGUCGGCUGAAAUAUCAAGCAAUAAUGUGGUGGAAAGUUCGAGUUGUUCUUUACAGCCCGCCAAACUACAGCCUGAUAUAGAGAAGAUUACCCUAGCUGCUACCACCCUUCUCCGCAACCUGGCUGUUCUUGAUCUCGGUGUUUUCCAGGGAGUCCUAGGCAGUGAAGGGAUAAGCUUGGAGCUGCGUCACGUGGCGAGCUUCUUGUUAUGGCACAGCUCCUACUGGCCCUCCGAGGACAUCCUUAACAACGUCAUCGCUCUCGUAGGCUUCCUUACUGUCAACAAUCCCGACAAUCAGUGCGUGGUGCAGAGCGGCGAGACGCCCACGGUGCUGCAGCAGCUGUGUGCUCUGCCGUGGCAGUAUUUCAGUGAACCUCGCCUCACGACCGUGCUGUUCCCGACGCUGCUCGCCUGCUGCGCCGGCAACCCGCACAACGCUGCCAUCCUACACUCAGAGAUGAGCGCACAGGUGCUGCUGGAUUACGUACAGAACGAGGGCAAGGCGUGCACCAACCCUCUUAUGGGCCUCCUGCUACAGAACGAGGGUAGCCUGCUGCUGGUGCCUGCUGCUACAGAACGAGGGUAGCCUGCUGCUGGUGCCUGCUGCUACAGAACGAGGGUAGCCUGCUGCUGGUGCCUGCUGCUACAGAACGAGGGUAGCCUGCUGCUGGUGCCUGCUGCUACAGAACGAGGGUAGCCUGCUGCUGGUGCCUGCUGCUACAGCGUCAGGGUAGCAGGCUACUGCAUGAAUGCAUGUUAAGGAAUGUGAUAGAUUUGUCACCGCGUUAAGCUAACAAAUUGUUAUUAAGUUAUAACCUCUACAUGACUCCGCUUGAGGGUAACAAAUGAAAGGGUAAUUACACAAUAACCUCGACAUACACUUGCAUCAAAGUACCAGUAAUUAUUACCGGUGGCAUUCGUUCGCUUUACAGUAACAAACGAGAGGGUAAUGAAGUAUUAACCUCGACUUGCUCUGCAUCUCACGCUACCUCAACAGAAAUAGGGCGAAAUAAUACCGAUUUGAAUAUUUUUUGGUUUAUCCGUCCUAAGCCUUCACUUCUCAUCGAUGACAUACCAACAAUGUUGGUAUUUUGUCUCACUGCUACCUUUUCUCCAUCAAUAAUAUACCUAAUAAAACGUUUUUCCAUUAACAAUGGCAUGGGCUUCUACCCACAUUCAAGUGUAAUAAUUACUAUUCAGAAUUAUUGAAUACAUGUCUCACAAUUAUUCGUGCUCUUGGUCCACGCUUUUUCCGGUCUCGUUUUGAAUCGUGGUAGUCCGUCCUUAUUGUUUUAUGUACAUGGAAGUUUCUUAAGAGAACUAUUUCUUUCCGAUCCCAAACCUUGAUUAGUAACUUUACCUUGCGUCUCACUGGUCUCUAUAUGUAGCUUUAAUAGAUCUUAAGUUUGCGCUUACAUUUUUUGACAACCGGUAUCAAGACCAAUUCGAUGCAUCUGUCAUUUUAUUAAAAAUGUCAAGAGAUAUUUUUCCAAUUGUUACAAUAUUUGUUAUUAAUUCUUGAGGAAAUUAUUUACUGUGACGGACUUGCGAGGAGGGCAAUUCGAUUUGUAAGCUAGCAAGUCAGUGCAUUUUUAGCAAUGUACUUAGCCAGGGCAAAACAGUAUUUUUUUCGCAUAAAUUUUUUGCAUUAACUUAACGAUUGACGUCUGGGACCCUUAUUCCCAUAACCAGGCUUUGCAUCAACAGCUUUUGUGUUAUAAUAUUCUAUCCUACACUCAGGUAAUUGAUGGGGCCAUAUUGGUUAAAAAGUGACACGCUUUCAUGCCCACAGUCCGAGCAGAGAGUAACUGUAUUACAGAUGUGUCCUUUUUAGCGCAUUUUCUCAUUUAUGGAAAAAAGGCGCAAAU